AUGUGUAUGGCAAGAACGUUGAAGCAUCUUGAUCUCACUUGUAAUCUCGCAUUACGUGUCAACACAAGCACUCUUCGACCUAAAAAGAAAGGGCGAUUAGUUUCAGUUGUUGAUGUUGGCUCUGAAUCGAUGUCUGGACCGUUUCAGUACGGAUUCUCUGAAACUUCUGGUCAGAAGAACAAAUUAUGCAUUCGUCAAAUCCGACCGAGGAAUGACAAUCGUCAUGUGUUCGGUAUGAUCGAUGGUGGAUCGAAUGAUGAGACGGUGUCCGGAGUGGAAUCGUUGAAGAUGGCGCUAAUAAAGGCUCAUGAACAUUUGGGGCAGUUGGGCGAACGUUUAGGUGCAUCAGCGUUAUUGCUUUAUGUAUCGCAUGAUGAAUUGCUAUGCGCAAUCAGUGGUCAAAUUGGUGCAGUUUUGUGUAGAAACGGCAAUGCGUUGGAUCUUACGGACGACAUGAUCAGCAGUGAAAUUUGUGAUGAACAAUAUCAGAAACUGCGAAGAGAUAAUGUCACCAUCACUCAGGAUAAUCUAAUCGAGGGUAUCUGUCCUAGUAUGCGCUCGUUGGGCUUCUCAUUUUUGUAUCCAGCCGUUCUACCGAAUCCAACCAAGAUAACCGUUCCCUUACUGGACACUGAUGAGUUCAUCAUAAUCGCCUCAAAAGCGCUGUGGAAAUUUGUAUCACCACAACGCAGUGUCGAUCUCAUUCGUGCAAUUCGAAAUCCACAGAUGGCUGCUAAGAAAUUACAGGUUCGGUCUCUAAUUUCAUUCAUUUGCAUGUUGAGGUUUGUAACAGAUCUCUAA